CAAAUCGGUGAGUCGUCGUUCGGGGUCCAAAGCCGACAAGCCCAGAAUGGCCAUGGCGCUCUAGGGCGUGGAACGAUAGAUCUCUCUCCGUGAGUGGAGCCACAAUCGGCGUAUUUCCCUCCUCGAUUACUCCAUGCCUCGAUCACCCCUUGCCCCGACCACCCGGCGGGGCGUCUUGGACCUGAGUCGCAUCAUUCUCCAGAUCAUCGACUUAACCCAUUUUCCUUCUGUCAACAUGGCUGCCACAACUUGACGUUUUCCGCGCAAAAGAAGCCGCCGAGCGCCACAGCCAGCCCACCCAUAACAACUUUGGACCUGAGCAGCAUGAACCUGCUGCGUCCGAUCUGGUCGCUGUAAAUGGGUCUGCUGACUUGCCUGCCGAAGCUACCCCUCGUGGGGUCGGUCCUCAUCGUCCUCUGCUCGCUCUUCGCCACGGCCAACGCCUACACCGAGCUUGGCGACGAGGCACUGCGAGCCAUUCCCUCGGGCGGCGAUGGCUUCGACAUCAAAACAGGCUCGCUGCUGGCGCCCAUCUUGAUCCCCCGCGUCCCCGGCACCCCGGGCUCCGCCAAGGUGCAGCAGCACUUCGUCGACUUCUUCCGCGCCAACCUGCCCGAGUGGAUUAUUGAGUGGCACAACUCGACCUCCAAGACGCCCGCGACCGGCGACAAGGACAUACCUUUCACCAACCUCAUCUUCCGCCGCGACCCGCCGUGGGCCAAGGGAGGAGAUGUCGAGUACCUGACGCUCGUUGCGCACUAUGACAGUCUGUACCACCCGGAAGGGUUCAUUGGCGCGAUUGAUAGUGCAGCGCCCUGCGCGAUGCUGCUGCACGCGGCGCGGAGCAUCGAAGAGGCAUUGGUGAAGAAGUGGAAGGCCAUGGAGGCAUCAGGCGACGCCGGUAGCGGGCUCGAGGAGGACAAGGGCGUCCAGAUCAUCUUGCUCGAUGGCGAAGAAGCGUGGGUAUCGUGGACCGAGACGGACUCUCUGUACGGAGCUAGGUACGUCGGCGGCCUUUGGAGAGGAAAGGUGCAUCCAGCUAACAACGUUAGGGCUCUGGCACGCAGCUGGGAGGAUACGGUCCACCCGGACUCGCUGUACAAGUCACCACUCUCGUCCAUCAGCCUCUUUCUUCUCAUUGAUCUCCUCGGCGCACCUAACCCACGGAUUCCGUCUUACUUCCCAACGACUCACUGGGCAUACAAGAAGAUGGCCAAGAUCGAGCAUCGUAUGCGCGCACUCGGCAUUCUGGAAACCAGGCCAAAGCAUCCCUUCCUGACGGACAGGCAAAAGAAAAGUGUGGGCUUCAGCGGCGGCUAUGUCCUGGACGACCACGUGCCCUUCAUGGAGCGCGGAGUCGAGAUUCUGCACAUCAUCCCGACACCGUUUCCCGAUGUGUGGCACAAGAUUGAGGACGAUGGAGAACACCUGGAUCUGCCGACGGUACGGGACUGGGCGCGCAUCUUGACUGUUUUUGCUGCUGAGUGGCUGGAGCUGGACGAGUACCUACCCAAGGGAGCAGAGAGCGAGGCCGCUGCUGGGCCGAGCGAUUCCCGGGACGAACUCUGAUUAUUCAACUUGGCGCAUUUGGACAAAAAUAGAAGGCGUUGUAGUUCCGAAGCAUAGAACUUUACAAGUGAAGGGCCGAAACUUCGUCUUGCCAUUAGACUCUUAGAUUAUUACAACCUACCGAGAAACGAC